AUGGAUUCCGUUGAUGAUUUAAACGGUAGUAAUACCCUUGAUGAAAUGAUGGAAGAUGGGGCUACUUAUUCUCAGGCUGAACCACAAAAACCAGUAUGGUGUGAGAGAAAACAAGCUGUGGUACAAGAAGAAGUAAGGAGAAUGAAUCAAUUACCUACAAACAGCACCUAUGUUGCUCAUCGGCUGAAGGUUCUUAAUAAAGUUCUGCAACUUAUGUCAGUUCAGAGAACUCUAUCUCAAGAGAAAGAGUUGGAGUUGCUUUUUGCUGGUCUGUCUUUGUAA